AUGCGCUUCCUACAGCACCUGCGGCCGAGCCCGCUGGCUGCGCUUACAUCCGUUCUCUUGCUGCGCUCAGUAUCGGCCCACCCGUACCCCAAAGACGAUGUACACGACAAGGGCGUGGGUUAUCUCAUGGACCGAGACUGCGUGCAAUACUGCGGUUACAAUAAUAUGUAUUGCUGCGGCUCGGGCCAGGAAUGUUAUACGUCAAAUGGCAUUGCGGGCUGCUCCAAUGCAGCCGCAGGAGGAGGAUACGCUCUCUACACGACCACCUGGACGCUCACCGAGACGUUCACCUCCACCAAGAGCAGCUACUUCCCGGCAGCGACAACGCCAGCACCCGCUGCCUGUGUCCCCGAGCCGGGAACGGGCCAGAUUGCCUGUGGGUCGAUAUGCUGCGCGAAUUGGCAAUAUUGCGCAUAUGAGAACCAGUGCAUGGCGAAUGCUGGUGGAGGAGGUGGAGACGCCGGCACGACAUGGACGACGGUAAUUACCACCGGCGGAACCACCAUCACGACCCAGUACAGCGCCCCUUACCGGGUGACGAGCGGCGCCACCGUGACGGCCACCACCACGGGCACAGGCGUCUUGGCCAGUGCGACAACCACCGGCAACGGCACAGCAGUCUCCAGCGGGAGCACCGGCUCCAACUUGAGUGGAGGCGCCAUUGCAGGCAUUGUUAUCGGUGUUAUCGCCGGUGUCAUCCUGCUCUUGCUCCUCUGCUUCUGCUGCAUCGUCCGGGGUCUGUGGCACGGCCUCCUUGCCAUUUUCGGCCUAGGAAAGAAGAAGGACCGCAGGAGUCGAGAAACGGUCAUCGAAGAGGAGCGGUACACCCGCCAUGGGUCAGUCCACUCCCGCCGUGACAGGCAUACUGGGUGGUUCGGCGGGGGUGGGCGGCCGUCGACGGUUGCAGGGUCGCGGCGCACGGAGAAGAAGAAGUCGAGCGGUGCAGGCUGGUUAGGCCUGGGCGCCGCAGCAGGCACGCUGCUUCUGCUCCUGGGUCUCAGGAGAGACAAGAAGCGGCGUGCCACGAAGACGAGGAGCGAUGUUAGUAGCUCGUACUUCUCGGAUUCGUACACAGCCAGCAGUCCUAGUAAGUAA